AUGUUGCGCUUCAACUUUUUGCAAUUCUUCUUCGUGACGCUGCUCGUCCUGUCUGCUGUUUUUGCAGCUGACCAGCUCGAGGACGUCACUCCUCGUGAGUCCCUCCAGGAAGCGCUUGCCGACAUCAAGGCCACCUCGUUCCACGAUGCUCUGCAUGCUCUCUCCGCCAAGUUUCGCCAUGGAAUUUUCCCGACUGACUUCCAUGCCGCUGAGGCGCUUCAAGACGAAGAACCUGCCAUUGCCACUCUGAUCCGUCUUGCCAAGCGUCAGGCCAAUACUACUGCCAGUCCUGACACUACCACCUCUGUUGCUGCUGUGACCACCAGCCAGGCAGUCGAGCCCACCACUUCGGAGGCCAACCCCACCACUUCGGCUUCUACCGCUGAGCCCACUACUAGUGCCGACAACAUUACCAGCGCCGCGCCCACCACUAGUGCUGAGCCUACCACCACUGCUGAGCCAACCACAUCGGCCAGCUCCAGCUCCAGCACUACUCAUUCGUCCUCCAGCGACACCACCACUGCUGAGCCGACUACCACUGCUGAGCCAACCACAUCGGCCAGCUCCAGCUCCAGCACUACCCACUCGACCACUACCAGUGUUCCAUCCACUCUGACGACUGCCACCAGCACUUCGUCCAGCUCCAGCUCUUCUUCCACCACUACCAGCCAUGGUACCACCACCACUCACACUACCCAGAACACCAGCUCUUACACCUCCACCUACAAGAGCACCACUACCAUGCCCAAUGGAAGUGUGAGCACCAUCACCUCCAUCACCGUCAUCCACCCUACUGCAACCGGUUCCUCAGAAGGCAGCGGCAGCACCGGCCGCCCUGGUCUGCAGACCGGUGGUGCCUCCCUGUCCGCCGGUCUGACUCGUGAGAUGAUCACAAUCAUCGGUGGUGCCAUCAUGGUCGCCAUGGUCCUGUAA